AUGCAUGGACCAUGCGAAGUACUGGGUCGACAGUGCUUGAAGUUCCGCAGUUGCGCCUGCCCCAAACGUGACAAGGACAACAAUGAACGACGCAUUGCUCAGGACAUGGUCGAGGCUGGACUCAAUGGUACCGGCCAGAUUCCAUCUUCAAAACGACGUCGGGACGGAGGUGGGUGUUCGAUGCAUUUGAGUCCCGUGAAGUGGACGAGUGAUGGUCAAUGAAAUUUACCCAAAUCAACAAAGAAUCACGGGGCAAUCUGGAACUAGACUAGACUAGUAAUGGAUGAUUUCCAACUAGGUGAAUAGGCAAAAUAAAUAUUUGAAACACGAAUCCGCUGAUUGGAAAUAACAAUGUUCUUAAGAAGAAUGGAGGCAACGAUAGGGUGUAGGUGGUGUCUACGACCAACAACUAAACUGAGCUGGCCUGUGGACUGCGUCAUACGUUGAAUGCUGCUAGAGGGGGUUUUACGGGUGGGACAACGAACAGGACGGAGAGCAAAGAGACACGGAAAAUAGACCGAUUUCUGGCGAAAGUCUUAUCGUACGCUGUCAUUUGGCAAGGAAAGUGAGCGUGAUAAUUAAGAAAUAAACAAAAAGCAAUUUUCAAAAAAUAACGGGCUUUGAAUAAAGCGCCGCUAGCAAGCUUAUAUUAAGUCAGGAAUAGGGGGAGGGGGAAUUUCAAACAAUGGGAACGGUGAAUAAUAAGUGAUGUUUAAAGUUACACUGAAUUUUAGGGCAUAUUUUUGGAGUUGCCAUCUACUUGGGGGUCCUACACCCUAUCGUUGCCAAAGUGGAAAACGCGAAAAUUCGUGUCAAAUGAGUAGAAUAACAUUUUAAAAGCAUGCACUGCUCGCCCAUGCAAGUAACUAACAAACUAAAACGACGUAAGCAGAACAACGCUUAAACAUUACUUCUCACAUACAUUUAAAUUAAAUAUUCUCCAAGAAUUGGCGUUGUAAGAAACCUGGCAUUAAGUGCGCAAUGUCCGGUCAUGUAUUCAAUAAUCUUGCUGCGCGAAAUCGAUGUAAUUUUUCCAUUUUAUUUUUGUUAUAGAUAAGGUUGAUUAGAAAAAAAGGAUUUCGCUUGAUUUCCCUGACAGAGAAUAUGAGUUUUCAUAAAGUCACAUGUUGACUGGCCGAUCAGUGAACGGUGAAUUUUAAUAGAAAUAACAGAUGAAACCGUAAGCAUACCAUUUUCUGUGCAUCAAAAAGGGCUUUUCUUCCGUAUAAAUUACGUGUAUUUUUGGAGACGGCGGAGGCCGUUGAGUUUCAGAGUGUACUUGGAAUAUCAGCGAGUAUUUUGCGGCUUUCAGAGUUCUCAAUCGACUGACCGAAAAGAUGGGUUCUGUAGUUUGUAUCCACAAACCCUCCGAAAUAAGAUAUUUCUUGAAAGUACUUACCGAAUUAGUGAGCUCUUUAACAUGCCUUUUACGGUACAUGGCCGUUUUGAUCACAGCUGAUGACUCGUCCAAAUAUGAAACCUCGUCGUCAGAAAAGUGAACGUCGAAAGUGAAAGCCAGCAACGAAUGUGUCGUUGGUCGAUGAGAAAAUCCAUAAUAAGCUACUUUAAAAAGUACUUUAACACGAUAUUCCUCUGAAGGAUGUCCACAUACUUUGUCCUUUCCAUAGGUAAAGUCUGGAAAAAGGUGAGUUUUGACCGACUUUCCCACUUGGGAAAUAACGGAACUUGCUCUGCUGCAGAGGAGAGAGCCAUUCUUGCUAUCGUUAUUUACUUUUAGGUGAUGUUAUAUGAUUAUGAAUGCAGAAAACGCUGGCCAUAUAAGUAGUAACAUAUUGUUUAAACUGUCGAGGCCCUACCUGUUCCGUUUCUAAAUCAAAUAUAAGCAAAAACCAUACCAUUCGAUAGUGGCCACUUUAACGGUUGCUCAUAGUGUAUUCUGAAAUGGCAGGACAGUGUCGGUAUGUUUAAACAAAGGAUGGUCUGUAGGCGUCGUUAUUAUAUUUUAGGAUCUGAUACCACAUAGAUUUACAUACUUGACUUUUUAAAAUCGAAAACUUGUCUGGCUUUCUUAAAAUAACCGGUAUUUUACAUUCUGCUUAAACCUGACUUAGGUAGGACAAAAACCGAUUGUGAAGUUCAGCAAGCGUGGUAAAACUCACGACGUUCAAUUAUUCUGCUCUCAAACACGCUCAGAUGUGCAAACUAAGUCUAGGACAGUUAGUAACAAGGAAAAUUGCCCGAAUAGAAAGUAACGUAGAUUUCCGCUCGAAUUUAUAGACAUUUUACCUUAUAAAAUUAUUCAGAUGCAUAUUCUGCACGAAAAGGACAGUUUUUCUGAUAAACAACAUGCGCAAGGUUUGAGGUGCCUAAAAUGAUCAUCUUACUUUCGUUAUCACGUAUCGUCAGUUAGGUCACACACUGUGCUUUUAAUUUCCAAGCAUUCAGGCUAACGAUGAGAGAUAAGUGAGAUCAGUCAGGAAUCGCUAUCCUGAUAGUGAUGGAUGAAUAUAAUUCUUUGUCUACCCAGGUGGCGAACGCGCUUCACGUGGUUCGCGAAACACCUCUUCGAACGGCAUAUUAUCGAGGAGCAAGGGUUACAGCGAGAGCUGCAACGACCGUGUAAGCCCUACCUACUCAGCCAAGCUACCAGCAUACCGUGACCAGCUGAGUGGACUUAGACUGGACAGCGACUUCGCUAUGGCGGACGAUCUUCGCUCCUUUGACGACAGACAAAACCUGAUUCAACUAAACGGCGAGACCUUCCACGUGAUUCUGAUGCCAGCCUACCUGCCGGGCGGGGCCUCAACUCUGCGUCAGAUGAGAUCGGCUCUGCUGAAGACCUUCUAUGCAGCAAAGGAUCUUCAAUCAGUCACCGGGGGCUUCUUCUCCCGCGAUUCUCACGAUCAGGAUCAGAAACUGAUAUCCGAUGAGAGUUGUUUCGUGAUUGAGAACAAGCAGUCAUCGGUGUAUGAGGAGAGUUUCAUACAGUUUAUUCAAAGCGUCGAGGGAAAGGCAGCUUCUCUGAUGUAAGUCUACUCGCCCACUGUAUUUUGCCAUUCCCUCAUACAGUGGGUGGAGAAAUGUAGUGAAGUCCGCACGAAAGUCCCCCUGUAACGCAAGUCCACCCAGUCCGUGUCCUUCAAAAGAAGACAGAGUUUAGUUUAUAAACGAUUCUUCAUUAUCUAAAAAGGCAUAUAUAGCAGAAGCCAUCGGUGUCAACAAAUUUCGCGAUACCUAACCAACUGCAACCCAUUGCUGCUUAACAUAGAUAGUGAAUAAAAAGACAUGCAAAAGUUUGAAUUUGCACGGAAAAUCAAUGCAAAACAGUAGGGGCAUUGUUAAGUGCACACGGAAGAAUCGGCAAGAUCUUACUUUGUAGCCGUACCUGUAAGGGGUUAGGAUUAGGGUUUAUGGUUAGGGGUUGGAGGUUGGGGGUGGGAUUAGGGGUUAGAGGUUGGAGUUAGGGGUUAGGGUUAGGGGUUAAUGCUUUUAAAGCAGGAAAAUAGAAUCCCUCGUUCUUCUAUCACGAAACACCUCCUGGAUGACGGUCAUUCCAUUGACCCCGAAACCUCCUUCCGAGUACACAUUCGGGCACUAACAUCUUAGACGUUGCACUACCUGGAAGCAGCCUACAGAAGGCGAGAGAAACCCGACCUAUUCAAACAGCUAGACCGGUCCCUCGAUUUACACAGCCUUUUCUUUUUCCUAAAUGUCAUUUUUAGUUGUCGUUUUUAUUGGUUUUUCGGUCGGAUCUCAGUUCGUAGCCGUACCUGCAGUUGACAAGCCCAGCCUAACUCCAACCUCUAACCCUCAACCCUUACCCCCAACCACAGCCCCUAACCCUGACCCCUCAUCCUAAUCCAUUACAGGUACGGCUACGAAGUAAGAUCUUGCCACUUGCCCUUCCAUUCAUCCAAUCUACUUGCAUCCAAAAGUACACAUGAAUUCACGAACAUAGUUUGAGACGGCCUGCAACGGUAAGGCAUCCUUCGCCCGUAAAAUUGAAAUUGUUUUGGUAGGAAUGCUGAAUAGGGGUUCGGCCGCGUUGCAUUCCCCUUCAGUGAGGCAACAUAACUGUCGUUUGAUGGUAUGUGAAGCGUUGUUACCCUUAAAGAGUAAAGAAUAUUGCAACGGACUUUUUCGGAACAGAUUGUUCCGUCAGUUUUGGACCGUGAGGGGUUGCCGUAAUUUUGGAUGAAACGUGUUGGAUAGCCACUCCUGGGCAAAGUUGCGUUGAGGCGAACAUAUAAUGACUCUUAUCACAAGCCCAGUACUGCAGAGGAAAUAUUGGGGACGCAUUACAAUAGAGGUGCAUCGAAAUGAGAAGAUAGAGGAAAAUGACAACAAACACAACGUAUCAGUACUUUAUUGACUGUCCUUUCUCGUGUAACAUGCUAAUAAAUCCGUCGGACAGAGAAACAGUUACGCUGUCCAAAGGGGUUUGGUCAAUGUGACUAGUAAGUGCAAAAUCAAGCCCUCCUCGCACCGAAAGGUUCUUCAUUGCCCUUCGGCUGCUAAGUCCCGCAUCUGUUCAUUGUCGACUACAGACAAAAAUUGCCUUGACAUUUUCAUUAUGCUGUGUAACAUAUCGCGGGAACUCCUUACAUAUUUGUUUACACCUUUUACUUAAUAGUGUAGAAAAACAAAGUGCUGUCGAAGAGGCUUUUCGGCAAAGAACACAACCGAUGCGCAUAUGAGAAUGCCUAAAGCUGAAUCCUGAAAACAGUGCGACUGGUUUUUAUCUUUAUUUACGCUCUUGCAACGAGACUCACCCAAACUAGGGUUCUUGGCCUGUGCUAGCCCAGAGCGUAGAAAUUUUCUUGAAGAUCGAGAAGAACCGGAGUUUGCCCACGACUGCCUUGUUUUCCGCUCGUAAAAUAGAGUUGAAGAGAAUUUUUCUUCUGCGCUUCGAAUCAAUUUAAAUACACAAAUUUACGACACCCAAUUCACGACAUACUACUCGCUAUUAAGAUUUCGGUUAAUUUUUUAAAAGUAGCAUAAACUGCUGUAGUUUGUGCACUGACAACGUCCUCUUUGCACCUGCCUUCAGUCGAGAGAUGCAGACAUCGUCGGGCUACCAGACGCUCAACCCUUUCAUGAGCGCCAGCUGUUCGACUGAUUCACAACCCAACUCCACGGCCUCGCUGAACUCCACCCUGGGAAGUUUGAUGGGCGGGGGCGGUGGUGGUGGUGGUGGAGAGGUCUCCCAGCAGGGAGCGCUAGAUAUGCUUGCUUCUCACGUCAACGGCACGGGCAUCUCACUAGAUCCGCAUGGCAAACUGGAUGACCCCAGCUUGAACUUCCUACAGGCCGGUAUUGCCCCCCUUCGGAACAGCUUCUCGUCCCCCUUUGCUGGACACAAGAUGGUCGCGGACGGCAGUCUGCCUCAGAAUCACCAUCACAACUACCUCGCCGGCGGGGAACAGGCCUUCAGUUACCCUGUGGGACUCAGUCAGCAGCAGCAACAGCAGCAGCAGCAGCACCACCAGCAGCAGCAGAGCCGACGAUUGACAUAUCCUCAGCUGCGUUUGCCUCCUUUGGGUCAGUCCCAGCUCUUUGACGGUCUCCCACACCCAGUCGGACCUGAGGUCGCGGAAGUCUCACAUCAUGUUCGCAAUCUCUUCAGUCCUGCCAACGGUGGGGGCGAGUUGGCGCCACCUCUGGGAUCAGCAUCAUCAUCGUCGUCGUCAUCAUCAUCCACUUCCUCCUACUCUCACCCGGUGCUUCUGCAGCAGCAGCAGCAGCAGGCACAUUCGACCUUCCAGACGAGUUCCUCCUCCACCACCUCCUCCGCCUCAAUUGCCGUCUCUUCUGGGCCUCUCAGUUUCCGUCCACAGACCCAAAAGUCUGUCGGUGCAUACCAGUCAGACGUAUUCCUGCCUUCUGACGUAAAUCAGGCGUCCCCGGGACACCUUCCUCACCAGCAGGGACAGCGGUUACUGGAGACUGCCCAAGCCCUCGUUUGUUCUACUAAAGCGUCCUCACCAACGGCCAGUGUGGGUAUCUACAUGAAUCAGAGUAAAAUGUUUGAGGACAUCAGUGGCCGAACCCGGGCCAGCACGGACACCUCGAUGGUAAGGGCACGGCAAUAUUUAAGUCCACAAAGUAUAACUACUUACAAACGACAAGUAGUGUACUUUUUAGAACUUGUAUAGAUUGCGAUUUUUCAUUUGCAUUGAACUGGCGCAGAACAGGCACUAAAAUGAGCACUUCACUUUCCCCAAAACAGUCACCAGAAUCAUUUUGA